UGCUCAAGGAUCUCAGUCAACUCCUCUCACCAUGAAGAGUUUUGCUCUUCUUUUCCUAGUAGCAAUCUGUGGCAUGGGAGGAUUGGGACAGAAGCUGAAGCCAAAGAAAAGAAGCAAUGGUGAAGAAAUCAAUUUUCGGACUAAAACCAAAGAUGUUUGCACAAUGAGCAUGAGUGGGGAUGAGGAGAUGAAACUUAGAAUUGAAUGCAGAAGCCAAGGCAUGUCCUACUGGUGUGAAUUCACGGGCAAGCCGUCAGCCUGUCGUGCUUUCAGAAACAAUCCAAAGAUGUACUGGAAUCAGAUCGCCAUGGAACUUAGAAAGCUCCCACACGCUUGCGAAUCCACACAAGUGCUGAAGACCACCAUGUGCCAAAAGGCUCCUGCAGAGGCUGUCAUGAAGCAAAUAGCUGCUGGAAUGGAGCCAGAAGAUCUAGCAAACCAGGACAAAUCAGUCCAGAAAACUUCCACUUCUGUGAGGGGAGCAGAGAGAAGCUCUGCUAAGAAAAUAGGGAAACCUUCAAUACUACCUCUUAUAAAACCAACCCAACAUGGUCAAGGGUCUGAGAAUGAAACGGAAGCAAUGAAACUGGCACGGGAACAUUGCUGGGAAUCCCUGCACGGUUUCUGCUCCUACAUUAUUGGCAUCUUUAGAGGUUAAGGAUUUGCUUCAGAGCAAAAUUUUUACAGCUGAAGAAGGGUCCUUGCUGUAGUUUAGUAAUUUAGACAUAAGAAUUUUGGUUUAAAAAUGAGUGAUCUCUGU